ACAUAACAAACAGAUAUGCUCUGGUUGCAGGAAUUAAUACCUAGUAAAUUUUAAGUAAAAACUUCGAUAGUUUGAGUGAAUGAAAAUUAAAAUUGAUAUUCUGAACAUGCAUUUGAAACAAACUGCAGGAAAUUGCACAAUUUGGAUGUCGGUCGAUUCUGGCAUCGUACAUUAAAUCGUGGUUUUUGGAACGUGUAGAGAAGUUACUGGAAGAUUCAGAGCAAGCACGAUAGAGGAUACGAGUAUAUUGCGUACGACGUUGAUAAUACAAUUUUCCGUUUUUAUCGGCGUAUUCAACUUUUUUCAAUAUGUCAGACUGGGACACAACUCCAAUUACUCUACGGAAACGUCCCCCGAAAGCUUCAGUACUUAAAUCGGAACAGGCAGUGAAUGCUGCGCGUCGUCAAGGAUUCGUGGUUGAAACACAAGCAAAAUGGGGUGGAGGUACAAAUAAACAACAUGUGGCAACUAAAAACACUGCUAAAUUAGACAGAGAAACAGAAGAAUUAAAACAUGACAAGAUUCCUCUCGAUCUUGGUAAAUUAAUUCAACAAGGAAGACAAAGUAAAGGAUUAUCACAGAAAGACCUCGCGACAAAAGUGAAUGAAAAAGCACAAGUCAUCAAUGAUUAUGAAGCAGGUCGUGGAAUUCCAAAUCAAAUGGUGAUUGGCAAAAUCGAGAAAGUAUUGGGAAUCAAAUUGCGUGGUAAAGAUCGUGGUAAACCAUUAUCACUUCCUGGGAAUAAAAAGUGAAUCUUGGAAGGAAGGAUCUGUACUUCUUACCUUUAUAUAUUGUUCCCUACACAGAACUGCAAGUUAAAUUGUAGGAUUGAGAACAAAUUUAACUCUCUUCACCUUUGAUUAUUUUAUUAUAUAUUUUAAAAUAAAAUAUUAUUUUAUUAAGUA